AUGGUUGUCAUCAAAGAAUUAUCACUCUCUUCACAUAUACUCAUACCAGCACAGCCCUUGACCCCCAAGUCGUUCGCCAAGUUUGGAUAUGUCUUUUCUGCAGAUGAACAGAUACGAACUGCAAAAACGUCAAACGCCAACCAAGGCACAGCCGUCAAGUUGCUCAAAGUUGCUCCAGUGGUAAACAACAGCUCUCAUGCACCGUCCGGCAAGCUUGCGACUGCCAAUUGGAACAUUUUUCGGUGUACUCCGCCAAAAAAGUACAUUGUGCAAAAAGAGCACGAUCAACAAGUUUACACAGGCAGAGUUCUUGAACGCCAUCCAUAUUCCACGCAGACGUUUGUGCCGAUGGGUCGGGAUGCCGGUGAAAAGGCGUUUGUGGUGAUUUGUGCCCCGAACGACCCGAAUUUCGACGAUCUGCCUCUGGUGGAAAAAGCUGAGGCUUUUGUUUGCAGAGGCGACCAAUCGGUGACAUACGCGGCAGGUACGUGGCAUGCACCAAUGGUGGCAAUAGGCAGUAAGGGACAUCUUGAUUUUGCCGUUUUGGUGCAUGAAAAUGGAGUGCCAAACGAGGAUUGCCAGGAGGUGGUUUACAGUCCUGGGUUCGAGGUCAGCUUUAGUUACAGUUGA